GUAACCGCAAGAAAUUCCCGACAUAACCUAAACUUUUUGCCGAAUAUUACCUUACCCGUUGGUCCUUUAAAGGAUGCGAACGGACCAACGGGUACCUAUAAACCGCUAACAGACAACAUUAUACUAAAAAAAAAUAUUACCGUUUCCUGGGUGUUUCGGGGAGGUUUUUUUUUUCUGUUUCCCAUAUCGUUAAUUCCUUCACUUCCGCUAUUGGUUCGCUCUCGUUUAUGUAUACGGCAGAUAUCUACCUAAGGUACCUAGAAGCAUGAGGCCUACUAAGCCCUUACCAUACCCAGAUUGCUGGGGAAGUACUGAGGACUAUGUUGAGCAACUCCUUGAAUUCACAACCACAUCAGAUUUCUUCCAAAUUUUGUGUGGAGGUGUGCACAUUCUAGACUUCUUCACCAAUAACCCGGGGCUCUUUCAGACGGUUAUACCCCCGGAUUGGCAAUCAUAUAUUCUACAAUGUGAGCCCAUGAAGUUCCUCGAUCUCUUAAUGAGAGAUGACCUAGGCAAACUUCUAGAUCCCGAACCACCAAUGACACUAGUCGAGUAUAUUAAAGAUGUAAGACGAUUUUCAUUGGCGCGCGAGUUCUCCCCAAAGGAGGAGAAACUCCCCAAGUUAACACGCAUGGUGUCGGCGGGAAUGAAACCGAAGAAAAUUCACGAAGUGAGCCACUUCGCAAAUUAUGUGGAUAACCUUGCCAAGGGUAUUUCUGCUGAAUACCGUAAGGAAAUCACUCAUUUUGUUGAUUUCGGUAGUGGCCAGAACUAUCUAGGAAGGGCAUUAGCAACCCCUCCUUAUAACAGACAGAUCGUAGCUGUGGAGGGUAGGGAACACAAUAUCAUUGGCGCCAAAAAGCUUGACAUGCAUGCAGGCAUUUCUGAGAAGCAGAAGGUCAUACGAAACAAGAAACUUUGGAUGCAGAAGCUCAAUAGCAUGACCCCUGAGGAUCAACUUGAUGAAAGAGCUUUGAAAAGAGCUGCCAAUCCUGUAAAAGUCUCAACCGAGUACGUACCUGAUUUCAGGCCUCGAAGUGAGUUUGAACCCAUCUAUACGCUUGAGGAGGGCAAAGGCUUUAUACGUUACGUUGAAGGGAGACUGGAGUCGGGAGACUUAACGGACGUCAUCAACCAACUCGAGCAAGAACCGCUGGGUGGGGAGAAAGGACAAGGCGACCCUAACUUAAUGGCAAUUUCCAUCCAUUCUUGUGGAAAUCUAUCCCAUCACGGAAUACGCUCGUUAAUUAUUAAUCCGCGAGUCCAAGCUAUUGCCAUCGUCGGCUGCUGUUAUAACCUUAUGACGGAGAAGCUAGGCCCACCUACGUAUAAACUCCCGUAUAUGAGGCCGAGUCUUCAAGCCCUCAACGGUCGUGUAGUCAGGGAAUCUGAGAGACGUGACCCACAAGGAUUCCCAAUGAGCGACCGUCUUUGCAACUAUAAAGAUAUAGGAGUCCGUCUUAAUAUCACAGCUCGGAUGAUGGCUUGUCAGGCGCCACAAAAUUGGACUGAAGCCGAGAGCGAUGCCUUUUUCACCAGACACUUCUACCGUGCGGUCCUACAGAAGAUGUUUCUUGACAAGGGUGUUAUCACAAAGGUUCGCCAUAGCGACGAACUUACGGAUAACGACCAGAGUCCGUUCAACAUGAGCACCAACCCGGUCAUCAUCGGAUCUCUCCGGAAGUCAUGCUACAAAAGCUUUGGGGCAUACGUAAGAGGUGCCAUCAGUAAGCUGACCACCAAUUCUGAGUAUCACGAGUAUUGCGAUAUAAUCAGGGAGAAAAUGAUGGACAUCACAGACGAAGAGAUCGCAAGAUACGAAGGAGAAUAUGAUCCGCGCAAACGGGAACUCAGUGCUGUCUGGAGUCUGAUGGCGUUUAGUGCUAAUGUCACCGAAUCCUUAAUCGUGACCGACAGGUGGCUCUUCCUCCGGCAGCAUCCCGAAUUAGUGCAGGAUUGCUGGGUAGAGACUGUAUUUGACUACCAUGAAAGCCCUCGGAACCUGGUCGUAGUUGGUAUCAAAAACCCGAUCUGAUGUCAACGAGGUUCCUGAGGUCGGUCUUCACCGAGCCGCG